AUGGGUCGCCCAAAGGGUACGCGCAAGCUGCCAAGGAACGCCGACGGCACGAUUCGGAAGGCCCCUUCGCCCCCUGCGGACCCUGCUGUAGGCAACGACUCUCCUCCCUCUUCCGACCAUGAAGGCGCCAAUAUUUCUCCCAUGCACACCAACGACCACGACGACGACUGGCGCGAUGAGGAUGCGGGUGGCGAGCCAGGUCGCGGGCAGGCGAAACUGCCGUUCGGUUCUGCGGUUCGCUCUGCAGCGAGCGCUGCGGUGUCUGCAGCAGCUCGCACAGCAAUGGCGGUGGCGCCCGAAGUCGCGCCGCCUGCGCGAAAAAACGCGGUGCAACCUCUCCACCGGUCGACGCAGCAUCGCCACAGGCGAGCGCGGUGGAGCAAGGAGGACGCCGGGAUGGCGGGGAGCUUGGCAGCAUGGCUGAAGCCCCCAGCUCAGCAGCAGGAAUGGCAGCAUGGUUCGCCUCAAACUAUGGAGACUGAAGGUGCGGUGGAGAUGGAUGUUGAGGUGGGAGAUGUUGGUGCGGACAGCAGUGAUCAUGAUGCCGAGAAGAUCUGCAGCCCGCAAGAAGAACAUGACCGCACCAGCCGUGGCGACAGCAGCGAGAGCGAGACCGACAUGCUGGUAUGUUCGGGUGUUGGUGUUCCGCUGGAAGAUUGGUUUGGUGAGGAUGACCAGGCUAGAGCUGCAGAGCUUCUUUAUUCCAGCGGCGAGGACAGUUUUCUCGACGCUCUAGACGCAAGCCGCGACCGCUCUCGCGGCCCCGGCGAACUUGGCGGAGAGAGCGGCGACAAGGCUGAUGAUGAUGUUCAGCCUCAGGACACCGGCGAAGCAGAAGCUGUGGGAGACCCCGGCGAAACAGCAGCUGUGGGAGGAGCCGGGCACGCAGCCUCUAGCGGUACAAGUGGUGAGACCGUCCGAAAAGGUUCGAGGACGAAGCUUUUCGACGGGCUGUACGCCGACCCCGCCCGCGCACGAGACGGGGCACGCGGCCGAUCGAUGCAGUGGGCCUGGGCGAGGAACACGGGUGGCGUUGGGGGAUGGAGCCAAGGGGAGGUUAGCGGGGUUGAACAAAAAACGAUUGAAGCACAGAAGGCGCGAGGAGAGGAAGAAGACACCGGAACAACGAGCGCGAGAGCGAGAAGCGCGAGAGCGAGCGCGAGAGCGAACGCGAGAGCGAGCACUCAAAGCGCAGAGAAGGCGGGAGAACACGCCGCGAGAGAAGGAGCUCUUGGACAUCUACCAGAAAGUGGUGGACGCUAUCGACAAGUGUUGCGGAGCAGUCCAACAGCUACAGCGGUAUUGUGCAGGACCCGACGGAAAUGCUGACGGAAUCUCGUCUCCCGUCCAUC